CCACCGCCCUGCGCGGCCGGGAAGCGCGCUCGGUGCUGCCCCUUCCCCGGGGUGCGUUCCGGGUUGCGGCCCUGCUCGGGGCCUUGCAGCCACGGCCAUCCCGCUCAGGUAACCGGGAGGAUGAGCGGCGAGGCGAGCGCCGAGCUUGAACCGCUGUUAGCGUAGGGCGCUGCCACGCGUGGCCUUCCCUGUCGGCUGCAGGCUCAGGGCUGCAGUGACACAGCCCCCGAGGCGCUCAGCCCCGGGCUGGGAAGAGGGUCCUGCUCAGCCUCCGUCUGCCGCGGAGGAUGCGGAAGGCACGGCCAUGGAAAAGAAACCGCACUUUGUUAGGAGGGAGUUUCUUCCCAGGGAGGUGUCCUCCAUCUCACUGGUGUUCCUGCUUGCGGCUGUGCUGCUCCUUAAUGCCCUGCUCUACCUGUACCUCAACAAGUUUUACAGCUCUUCGGGACGUGGUGAAACAGACCCCAGCCUCUGCCCUUUUGGGUAUUUCAAACUGGGAACAGUGAAGAAUUGUUCCCCGUGGCUCUCCUGUGAAGCCAUAAAUAGGGAAGUCAGGAAGCUCAAGUGUGUUGGUGAAGGCGCUGUGAAAAAGGUCUUCCUCUCUGAGUGGAAGGAAAAUAAAGUGGUCCUUUCACAGCUCACUAACCCAGAGCUGAAGGAGGACUUUCUCCAUGGACUGAAGAUGCUGAAAGCACUUCAGAGCAAGCACGUUGUCCGGCUGCUUGGCUACUGUGAGCAGCAGUUCACAAUCCUCACCGAGUACCAUCCUCUAGGGUCUCUGAGGGGCCUGAAUGAAACUCUUCACCUCCCCAGGUACAAGGGGAUGAACACCUGGCAUCGCAGACUGAUGCUGGCUAUAGACUAUGUGAGCAUCAUUCGGUACCUGCACAGUAGCCCUCUGGGCACCUUAGUGAUGUGUGACUCAAAUGACUUGGACAAGGUCCUCUCUCAAUAUCUCCUAACAAGUGACUUUCAUGUCCUGGUGAAUGAUUUGGAUGCUUUGCCUCUUGUGAACAGGAGUGCUGGCAGGCUGGUGAAGUGCGGUCAUCGGGAGCUCCAGGGUGAGUUUGUAGCUCCUGAGCAGCAUUGGCCCUAUGGAGAAGAGGUGCCAUUCGAGGAUGACCUCAUGCCACCCUACGAUGAGAAAACAGACAUCUGGAAAAUCCCAGAUGUCUCCAAUUUCUUCUUGGGCCAUGUUGAUGGAAGUGACAUUGUGCGACUGCAUUUGUUUGACAUCCAUGCAGCAUGUAAGAAGAAGGACCCAGCUGAAAGGCCUUCUGCCCAAGAGGUGUUAGACACCUACAGGAAGGUUUUAACUCUGCUUAUUCGGGAGACAGCUAUGCCUGGUACUAGAGAAAUGUUAUAGUGAAUCAUGAGACAAACAACAUACUGAAGUUGAUGUCCUUCCUAUUUAUGUAGCUUGCCUGAAGGGCAAAAUCUCUGUCCCUAAGACUAAAAAGAAAAGAACAACUGAACUUGUACCUCUUGAUUAAAAAAAAUAAUAAAUCCAGGCAAUGCUGGAGCUCUGUAA